GAAAUAAAAUAUGAUCUAUCGCUUUCCAUCUGUUUCCCUUCUUAUCCAUGUCAUCCCCUUCUCAUCUUGACAUGGAUCUUUUUGAGUCUUGGCCCAUACCCUUGCACGUAAGGUAGUUACUCGGACGGACCACUUACAUGAUACACUACUGCACCGGUACGACCCUCCCGUAAGGCCGUCGGCCGGAGAUUUAAUGUCGUAAUCUCGGAUGCUCGGCAGCGUGCGUUUAGUCUAUCGUCUUACUAUCUUAUUCCUUCUGUCUUUUUCGUCUUAUUCGUCCGGCUUUUUCGUUUUAUUUCUACCGUAUUUGGUCACGUCAUUUUUGUCUUAUUUUACUUGUCUUUUUCGUCUUGUUUUUCCCGUCUUAUUUGACGCGUCAUUUUUUCCGUCUUUCAUGGCUAUAUCCAGUCGAAGCGGUGAAUCGCAAGGCUGGAGACACCUUACGUACACUCCUGUCUGUCUGUCUGUCAUGUCUGUCCUAUCGUCUCCCCGUCUUCCAUGUCAUAUACUCGUUUGGCCAGUCAUUUGCCCCACCGUGGGUAUGUAGUCUUGCUGGUCUGUACUCUGUAAUUUAUUCUUCUGUCAGCUUCUCAGCUUGUUGACUUGCUGGUUUGUCGGUUUGUCGGUUU